CAGAUCUCCUCUUCUUUCCCUAAUGACUUCAUCCAACGGCGAGAAACCACUCAUCGUCAGCUUCGGCGAGAUGCUCAUCGACUUCGUCCCGACCGAAUCCGGCGUCUCGCUCGCCGAAGCACCAGGCUUCCUCAAAGCUCCCGGCGGCGCUCCCGCCAACGUCGCCAUCGCCGUCUCGCGUCUCGGAGGACGAUCCGCCUUCGUCGGGAAACUCGGCGACGACGAGUUCGGACACAUGCUCGCUAAUAUCCUUAGGCAAAACGGCGUCGUUGAUCGGGGGAUUAACUUCGACACGGGAGCUAGAACGGCGUUAGCGUUCGUGACGUUACGUGCUGACGGAGAUCGGGAGUUUAUGUUUUACCGGAACCCUAGCGCUGAUAUGCUUCUUCGGCCUGAUGAACUUGACCUCGAGCUCAUCAGAUCCGUACGUUAAAAUCUCUGUAAUGACCCACCUCCAGCCCAUCAAGGCCCAUGUCAAUUCCCGAAAGCCCAAGAACUUUUAUUUAUUAAUCUCAGCUCCAGCCAUCAGUUCUUGUUUGCAAAAAUCAGAAGUAAGAGAGAAAGAGAGAGAGAGAGUGAGAGAGAGAGAGUGAGAGAGAAAGAGAGAGAAAUGGAGAAGUCCAUGUUUCUGAGCCACC